CCAGGAUUGGUGUGACAGCGGGCUGGAAGCUGGAGGGGCGGGUUUAGUGCUAUUCUGGAAAUCAUUUUGCGUAGCGCAUCUGUAUGAUUUGUAUCGGCAAAAACACAGCCUUGUGAUGAGUGGGGUCUUCCAGAACCAUUCCAGUGAUUUAUCCACACACGGUUCAUUUUUUUUACCCGGCUGUUGUCUAACAUUUUAAAGAUUUAACUUUUGAACAUAAUGGGUGGACGUAAUCUUUGCUGCUAAGAUCUGCACUAUUAGUCUCCAUAUAUAGCUCAUUAGAAAGUAGCCCAAGAGUCAAAGAGUUUACAGGAUCAGGUGAGAGCAUGACUCAGGUAGAGGAGUCCCACACUGAGGGAGAGGGCAGCCCCCAGUUGAUCUCCUUAAGAUCAGAGAUGUCAGGGAACCAUGUGGUCGAUGGAGAAGUGGGUGCCCCCAUAAGGAGGAAGAGGAAGAAGAAGAAAGACCCGCGUCCAGAGUCCAUUAUUAUUUACCGCUCUGAAAUGGAGAGGGGGUCUGGAGAGGACCAAGGCAGUGAGGAGGGAGCAGAGAGGAGCACGGAGGAGGGAGCAAAAUUCCUCUGCACACCUACAGGAGAAGACGAAGGGUGGAGCCUUCCUCCAGACAGCCGCUACGUGACCCUGACAGGCACCAUCACCCGAGGAAAGAAGAAGGGUCAGCUGGUGGACAUUCACCUCACUUUGACGGAGAAGGAAAUCAGGGAUCUGGCUAAAUCAAAGGAACGUCUCGACGCAGAGUGCGAGGGAGGGGAAGGCUAUAAACGCAACUGCGGCUUAGGUGUGUGUCAGGGACCCCAUGUCGUCCUGUGGAGCCUCUCCUGCGCCCCCGUGAUUUUCCUCCUCUCCUUCAUCACUUCCUUCUACUACGGCACUCUUACAUGGUACAAUGUCUUCCUGGUGUACAAUGAGGAGCGGACGUUCUGGCACAAGAUUACAAUUUGUCCCUUCCUCAUCAUUUUUUAUCCCAUGCUCAUCAUGCCCAUGGCAUUGUCCCUGGCUCUGUACUCCGCCGUGGUGCAGGUGUCCUGGGCCUUCAGUGAGUGGUGGCAGGACGUGAGAGACCUGGAGAAAGGCUUCUGUGGCUGGGCCUGUGGGAAGCUGGGACUGGAGGACUGUUCCCCAUACAGCAUAGUAGAGCUUCUUGACUCUGAUACUGUUUGUGGCACUCUGCAUAGCAAAGCCCCCAGUGAACUCGCCCAGACAUCAUCUGUGUGAAGUGGUGGUAUGCUGAGAUGCAAGGCACAUUUGAAGUAGGCCUCAAUCCAAGUUAUACGUCAAACUUGUGCCAGAAAAUUAGAGUCGCUACAGGGAAGUACUUAAAAACGUUUCUGUAAAUUAUCUGUCAAACACUGCCUGAACUGUUUUGAAAUACAGAUCUAUUAUGCAUCAUGGGAUCCAGGCCGUUAUAAAUGAUUCCUCUAAGCAUGCGAGUGGUAAUUUUUGUUGAUUUUAGGUUGUUAUUAAGUUGUUAUUGCUAUCCUUCAACAACUGAAUCCUUCUUAUAACUUUUUGAUGUGUUAAGGCCUCAGUGCCUCCUGUAGUGAAGUUUAAAUAAACUCACUUUGGACACUGCCACAUGUGUUGUUGGAGGCCUAAAAGUCUCACCAAGUUCCACUUCAUCUGUAAAUAUCUGUAACUAAAUGCAUGUGCUCACAGAGCUGUGCACUGACAUAGAAAACUGGAUGCAUUUCAAAUGCUUGUAUGUCACGUCAUCACCCCAUUAGUAUUUCCUUUAGUUACUGCAGUUUUUCCACUGUGCGCUAGUUACGUUUUUGGGGAUAGUAUUCGCAAAGAACUUACAUUGUUUUUCUUUGUUAUCUGGGGAUAGCUACCAGGAAGAAGAGAGAUGCAUCCUAUUCCUCUUCCUUUGUGCUUCUUCCUGUUUCUAUUGUGCAAAUAGCAUUAUUACAGUAGAUAGGAAAUCCUUGUCAAAACAGCUUUAUCAAUUAAUAGUUACCUGUAUUUUUUAUGAUAUUGUUUGAAAUGGUGCAUAUUGCUAAAAAGUUUUGGCGUUUCUUAAAGAAAGUAGCUGACACAUGAGUAUUAGUGUCCGGGCAUCUAAAUGUUGCUGCUUUGUGCACACAUUAAGUACAGAGUACAUAAACAGUUUUCUGGCAGACAGAAGAAUUGGGAUCAACAGCAGGUUAAUCCAGCCAUUUUUUGAAGCCAUAGUGAGAAAAAGUUGACAAAUCCUAAUUUCUCUGGUGACGUCAUGUGUUUUCAUUGUCAUUUAUACGUUUAAUGCAUAAUCAACACAGAUGUGUGUGAUCUUAAACAACAUAUGCGGUGUUCAUCAUUUUGUUCCACACACAAAAGUAACAAAAAAGAAGAAAGGAGUCAUUUUGAGUGUUGAUGUUACAUUUCCAAACAGUUAUAUUUGAAUGUUGAUUUAAUUUAUUUUAAAUAUUUAAGACUAGUCACUCCUGUCUUUAUUGUAUCUAUUUGGUUUAUACUCUGACACUUUGAAGUACAUGUAUUGCAAAUGGCUAUCAUGAACAGAUUGUGUCGGUUUAAGUUGAUCAGAUAGUUUAAAUAUUUGUUUGUUAAAUAUUUAUGAUCAGUCCUUGUUUGGUUGAAUUAUUCAAUUUUGUUUCAAACAAACGGUGACAUUGACUAGUGGUUGUGUCUUUAUUCCAUGUUACAUGUUGUGAAACCACA